AUGGACCUAGAACAUAUUGAUAUCGUUGUCGUCGGGGCUGGGGUAUUCGGUCUUACAGUGGUGAAGACAUACCUUGAAGUACAUCCGAACGCUUCAAUCACCAUCCUCGAGUCAAGCAACUCAUUAGGUGGAACAUGGGCGUCCGAUCGCCUCUACCCUGAGCUGAGAACCAACAGCCUCUUAGGCGCAUAUGAGAACCCUGACUUCCCAAUGACGCCAGGAGUUUUCGAUAUCAAGCCCAGGGACCAUGUACCUGGAGCUGUAAUGCACGAAUAUCUCGUCCAGUUCGCAAAGACAUUCGGCGUACUUGAGAAUAUCCAGUUCGAUACCAAGGUCGAAGAGGUUGAGCAGAAUGCUGAUGAUCGAUGGAUCAUCAGUGUGACCAGGCUCGAAAAUGGCGAGCAGAAGAGCAAGCAGAUAGUUGCAGACAAGCUCAUUCUGGCAACUGGGUUGACAGGGAAUCCAAAUAUGCCUCAAAUAUCCGGAGCAUCUAAUUUCGAUGGCCCCAUAUAUCACUCAAGGGAAUUUGCACAGAACAAAGGCCUCUUGAAGACUGCCAAGAACGUCGUAGUAUAUGGGGCUUCAAAAUCGGGUUGGGAUGCUGUAUAUGCGUAUGCCAGUGCAGGCGUGCAAGUUGAAUGGGUGAUGCGUGAAUCAGGACGCGGUCCCGGAUGGAUGACGCCAAUGUGGGUUAUGGGAGGAAAGCGACUUGAGUACUUGGCCUUUACUCGUUACUUGACUUGGUUCAAUCCUAUGAUUUGGGGAUCUAACGAUGGCUAUGGAUUCUGGAAAAGAAUUCUUCAUGGCAAUUUCGUUGGCCGCUGGAUCGUGAACAAGUUCUGGCGCUUGCUGGAAAAGAAAUAUUGGACUUGA